AUGGUUCUCGCUGUCGAUCUUCUCAACCCUACCCCUCAGGCUGAGGGCCGCAAGCACAAGCUCAAGACCCUUGUGCCCCAGCCCCGCUCCUUCUUCAUGGACGUCAAGUGCCCCGGUUGCUUCACCAUCACCACCGUCUUCUCCCACGCCCAGACCGUCGUCAUCUGCGCCGGUUGCUCCACCGUUCUGUGCCAGCCGACCGGUGGUAAGGCCCGUCUGACCGAGGGCUGCUCUUUCCGCCGCAAGUAAACGAGAAACGAAUGAAAAAACUUCUUUUUCUUGUUAUGUUCCGGUUGAAACGUCAAAGAGAGAAUUAGCAUGGAGAAAUUAGGAUGAAAAUACCAAAACCCGGGGUUGACCUCUUCUUACCUUUUUAU